GGCUGGGAAUGUAGAUUUCAUUAAAUGUUCUGAAUAAAAUUUUCGCGAAGAAAGGCACGAAUUUUAUGGUUUGAUUUGGACUCCUUGUUUUUAUCUCUGUGUAUAUAGUCGAACAGAUAUGUUGGAAGAUGUAGUGGCGUGUUGGAUUCUCAUUUGAACGGGUUAUUUGGGCGAAAGUCGUCGGAGAAAACGACGUUCGUGGGCAUUUCGUAUGCAAGGUUAAUACCCAGCCUGCAAGUACUGUCUCGAUGGCACUUUCGCUAGUUUAGUGACACAAGAUUACGAUGCAAAACACAAAACGACAAGGGGAAAGGGACAAUGAGCGUAGUAAGCAAUCGAGGGGCAAUCGGCCUAGUAUGCAACCUCGGCCGAACAGCGCUGCAUCGGGUUCCAGUAUGACAAUGGUCGGACCAAAUUUUCGAGUUGGCAAAAAGAUCGGCUGUGGAAACUUUGGCGAACUUAGACUCGGUAAAACGUUUGGUGUUUUCGUCUCUGUUAUGUAAAGAAGGCUUUCGUUAAUAUCUUUUGUUUCUUCUCUUUAUUUGAAGGUCGAAAUCUGUACAACAAUGAACACGUAGCCAUUAAAUUGGUAAGCCUUUCAAGUUGCUUCAAUUUGAACACGAAAUUUCGUGGUUUUUUAAAACCACUGACAAUUUAAAAUGGUAGGAACCUUUAUAGAUCGUUGUUAAUAAUGAUAAUCUUCGGGUUUUUUAGGAACCGAUGAAAUCCAGAGCGCCCCAGCUCCAUUUGGAAUAUCGGUUUUAUAAAGUUCUGGGCAACGCAGGUAGGAUUUAUGUUAUAUAAAAUUUCGAAGUGGGUUGACACUUUGUAUUUAUUCAAAUCAAAACAAACUUUUCGUUUCGAAAGAUCUUCGAGACUCGCUUUCGCAUGAAAAUAUACAGUAGAUAAUUUUUAGUAUUAAAUAACGUCUUUAAUAUUGUCAUGAAUGAAAUAUUUUUAAUGACGUCGAUAUUAUAAAUCAAUUUCAUUUCGUACUUGAAAUAUUUUUGUUUUGAAAAUAUUAAAGCAACAAAUUUGUGGAAACCUCCCAGAUAUAUAAACGCCAAAUAUGAGUACGUGACUUUAGAAUAAAUUCUUGGUUUAAUCGCUUGAAUGUUAUAGUUGAAUGAAAUACGAUAAUUUUCUUUAUAAAUUUUGUAUAAUCCAUGACUCAAAGUGGUUAUAUUAUGCAAUAUGGAAAGUUAUUAAAACUAAAUUAGACAGUAGUUAAAUUUGUACAGAACUCUUUCUCUAGCUUGGUCGGUCCUCAGAUUAUAUGUAAAUAAAUGCUGUCUGGUUAGAAUUUGCUGAUGUAGAAUUGCCGUGAUUAUAUAUUUAGCAGUGAACCUGGUUGUGAAAUAUGUCUUGUAGUUAUUUAAUUCGGUCACAACUCACAGAGGGUGCAAUUUUUUAUGCUUGUCUUCUUUUGUAUUGGGUCAAUGAAGCCUGCCAAGGGGCGCUUGGGUCAUCUCCCAAAUGUUGCAUGUUAAAAAGGGGAAAAGUGUAGGUGAAGGAACAAGAUGUUUACUACAUGGGGAUGUUUGGAUCGUGUUUGAAAUCCAAUAUUGCGAUGAAAUCUGAAACCGUGGGCUUUUGUUAUUUCUGAGUCAAAAAACUGUCUGAAAGACUGAAUCAGACUCAAUCCAGCAAACAGUGUUAUAAUAACUUAUAAUGUCUGAUAUUGUUUAGUUCUUUAGUAAAUUUUCAUAUGAUAAGCGGGCCUGGUUAAUGUCUGAAUUACUUGGAAAAAAAUAAGAAACUCCUUGACACUUAAAGCACAGGUCGUUCAUCAAGAAGUUUCUGUAAUCUGCUUACAAAGGGCCUUUUGCUGAAAAUGUUGAAGCAUUUUUUUUCAGGUAGUUUCAGACACAACCAUAGUAGGUUGUCAAAUACUACCUACAGUACACACUCGCAUUUGAGAUACCAUUGAAGCAUAUUGCCGAGUCUAGCUUGGCGGGUAACUCAUCUGAGAGAUUGUUUAUUAAGCCUUUGCUAAUCACUAUUAUACUCAAUCUAUGUUUAUAUUGAAGAUGAGUCUGCUCAACCAGAUGAGCCUAUCAGUUUGAGUUCUUAGGCAUAUUUAAGAAAUGAUUCUGUUUUUCUUUGAAACAUUGAAAAUUUGUUGUAUUCUACAUAUUUGUCAGUCUUGCCUCUGCCGUGAUACAGAGGCCAGUGUGGAAAGUUUGUAUAACGCGGCAGAGAUAUCGGCCGCAUAAUUUUGAUGCUUUCUAGAUAUUUACUAUUAAAUUUUCGAAAUCUCCGGCACGCAAUUUCCAAACUUUCCAGUCAGGUACAGAGGUAAUCAAUUGAGCAGCCCUGCUCUCAUACACUUCAAGUUAAUGUCCAAGUUUUAAGCAUAGAUGGAUUUUCAGAUUUUACUCUGGCCCAGAAUUCAGAGGGGUGAGGGGGUGUUUAGUGUUAGUGGGGUGUAUGAUUGUGCAAAUUUCUGUAGCAGUGGAAGCCGGGAGGGGGUGGGUGAGAAAACUUUCAGAGUGGAAGAGUUUCAAGUUUCAAAGCAAACAAGGACACCUUAGUGUCCACUGUGUAUCUAAUUGAAAAUUUUUAACUCCCAACGACCAAAAUUCUCAAAGCAUAAGAACUAAUGAAAAGCAGUCUGUAACAUGUUUUCUGAAAGUAAAAUAUAUAUGCUACUAUAUAAACCCAAAUAACAUGAAUAAAAAAUUUCUAAGAAAUGGUAUGUUAAAAAACUGCUUUGUUUUCCAAGAAACAUUUUGUUUUACAUGAUACACAGUAACACGAAAAGGUUGACAGCAGUAGUUGUUCUUGCAUCUUGACAUUUAAGCGUGGUCACUGAUUCAAUAUCAGAAACGUGAACAACUGUUUGAACAAAACCCACCAAACUUAAUCACAACUGACAAAUUUAUAAUUCUUUCGCAUUGCCGGACUUUGUUCAGUUGUUAGCAUUUCUGGUAUUGAAUUAUUGGCCACAUCCAUAUUUAAGUUGCCAUGUAAAAUGUCAAAUUGUGUCAAAUUGACAUUUUUAUCUUACCCACUCACACAGCCUUGAAAAUGUCAAGUGUGGCAUAGCUUAUGGCAAUAAAUUGUUUAAAAUAUUCAUUUUGCCACAGUGAAAUUCGUUAAAACGUUCACAGAAUGUUUUUGAAUCACCUACCCACUCACUGUGGAUGUGAACCCUUGGUGAUCAUGCAUAAAUGUCAAAAACAACCAUUGCUAUCAUUCUUUUUGCAUGGGGCGGUCGCAUAUCAAGUAAAACUGCUGUAAGUCACUACAAGAAACUCCUCGUGUACAUGUAUCUUAUGUUACAUACAUCGUGUAGUCAUAUACCCGUACCUACCAGAUCACAAUUUUCACUAGUUAGUACUAGUACGGAUGUACAAUUUUACACCGAAAUUAGAUAGGCAUACACCAAGAAUUUCAGACAAGUAUGAUUGCGUACACUUCCUACAGCAGAGCUGAACCGCUACCCGUUCUUUGUUUGCCAAAAAUCCUUCAGACAAUGAUCAAAUAUUUGCCUCUAACCCUGAUUCUGAAAUAUUCAUAAUUUAUAACAAUCAAAGAUGAAGCAUUGAUCAAGAAACAUCAAGUUCACAGCCUGAAUCCCGGAUUGCCAUCUUUGUUUACGUCAUUUAAAUCCAGCAUUUCAAACAGUUUUUUAUACAGGAAUUUUAUAUUGAAAACUAGUAUACAAAAUCGUACAUCGACAUCGAUUAAAUGUACAUCAACUUAGUGCAGAGCGUACAACCUCGUACGUCAUUUCUUAGAGCUGUGUAAACUCUGGUUAUUUUGGCUCUGGCAAUCAAAACUCCGGGUCCGGCAAAUUUAAUUUAAAAGUAGAAGCAGGCGAAGUAUUUCAGUGUAAUUUCAGAAUUUAUUUUAUUCCUUUUUGAGCUUUCUCCUCUACUUACCAAAUAUACGUCCUUUGGUGCUUGUUUAAACGACGUUUUGUAGAACGUAAAACCGCAUGGCAGCGUGGUAUUUUCGCCCAAAAUACAUCGGGGUCAGUGGAUUUUUAUAUUAAAAGCGAUAGCAAUGCGCUUGCAGAAUUUUCGAAGCCACGAAUCAGAUCGGAGCAAGUAAUUAAAUUUUAUAGUAACUUCAAAUCAUUCAAUUUAAUUUUUUCAUUACCAAAAGUUCAAGUAGAACUUUGCCAUUUUGAGUGACUUCCCAAUGAAGGGCUUCUUUCACUCGAUUUUUCAGCAUCCGUCUCAAUCCACAGCUACCGUUAUUAUCCAUUAUUAUCACUACCUAUCAGCAAUCCGUUAUUAUCACUACCUAUGCUGGUCAAGACCAUUAGAGUCUUACUAGGCUCCCUACAUCUGCACUCUAUAAGAACUUGAAUCUGCCUGUCGUGAUUUUGACAUGAAAUUGUAUCUUGUAGGUGGCAUUCCUCAAGUGCAUUAUUUUGGUCCGUGCAAUAAAUACAAUGCGUUAGUGAUGGAAUUAUUAGGGCCGAGUCUUGAAGAUCUUUUUGACGUUUGCGACAGAACGUUCACCCUGAAGACGGUACUGAUGAUUGCAAUGCAGUUGGUAUGUUAGAUGAUAGAUUGUUAUUUCAUUCCCUUAAUAUACUGGAUAUAUCUUAGGACAAAUGUCUUGCUUGUCAAUCGUUACUGCUAGAAGAAACUACCCAAGUACCCAGAGAAAACCCACAGUGUUUAGAGUCAAACUGGAAGCAUGCUUCUUUCAUAUAGAAUAAAAUUAAUCGGCUAUUUAGUGUUUUUGUUUGGUAAAUCACUGAGUGCCAAUCGUUAUAAUCCACACUGCAUGCAAAUGAGGAAAAUUAUAAUCAGAUAUGUACGUAUUGCAGAAAUUGAACCUUGGUGCAGAGACAAAAAGGCACAUAGGCAGGACUUGCCUGAUGAAAACAAACAUGUAUGACAAAUAGCACUUUACUCUGUCCCAAGAAGCACUUGUUAUUGUACGUACAGGUUUAGAAACGCCUGCAUUUAAUCAACAACAAAUAUUUAUAAGCAGUCAGUCCAUAAAAUAAACUUUAUAUGUCCAUUCUUCAUCGUGGAAAUGCGCUUAACAGAUGGUGUGUGCACACAUGUCUUCAGGCACAUGUUAGGCAUGCACGCUUGAUCGAGCACCUUUCCAGGUAAGACUAUCUGGCAAUGACAACUGUAUCCAUUUCUGUUUUAGUUGCUAAGAAUAGAAUACGUUCAUUCAAAGAAUAUGAUAUACCGGGACGUCAAACCAGAAAAUUUCUUGGUCGGAAGGAAGUCCGCAGGAAAAGAUAGAACGAUACACAUUAUAGACUUUGGUCUUGCAAAGGAAUAUAUUGAUCCCGAAACCAAGAAACAUAUCCCAUAUAGAGAGCAUAAAAGUUUAACGGGUACUGCUAGAUAUAUGAGCAUAAAUACCCAUCUAGGGAAAGGUGAGGAUAUUUGUAUAUUCUGUGUAAUUUACUCAACUUUAGCCCAUUAACCCCUUGAAUGCCAGCUCUCUGCCCUUGAUGAGUAAAAUCAUCUGGCAUUAGACAGAGUACAAUAGUAAAGUAGGUUGUAUCAGACUGUGAUUCAACUUAAGACUCCUUAAAACCUUAAUGGACAGUAAUGUGUGCAAAUGCACUGUUAUUUUACUCUGGCUAACACCAGACGAUUUUACGUGUCAAGAGAGUUUUGUACACUAAUGGGUUAAGUUUAUUAGUAUUGGUAAAUAUUCUGUAUGUUUAGUGAUUGACGGUUCGUGCCACAAUUGGAAAUUACCGAUUAUUUUUGCAACAAUCUACCCAAUUUUGAUUUUAUAAUGAUGUCAUAAUGGCAGUUGUUAUGAGCACUUGAAGGCUCCAAUCACCUCAGACAAGGCUAUAUUACUGUAAAUGUGAUUUUCUGAUAAAAAUGAAACGUGUCAAAUUGCUCUUCACAAUUGUGAUAGUCCUAUGUAAGCAUAAACAGUGUUUUUGUCUGCAACUGGCCCUGUUAGUAGCAAAUGACAGUAUGGCAGCGUAGAAAAAUCGGAUACCCACAAGCUUUCACAAGUACAGUGAGAGGUCAUUCAGUGUUUUGUUAUAUGGUUGUAUUUUUUCCCUUCUAUUUAUUCACAGAACAAAGCAGAAGAGAUGAUUUAGAGGCGCUAGGUCACAUGUUUAUGUAUUUCCUUCGGGGAAGCCUACCAUGGCAAGGAUUAAAAG